AUGCUCCUCCUAUUUCUCACUGUAUGGGCCAUCUGCUUAGAAGUUGUUCACGAGUCCAUAGACUGCAUGCCAAGAAUAGUACUUUUGCCGAUGCGCGAGAAGGGUACGGAAGCCAGUAUUUCUGGAUCGUUUCUUUCGUUUUCCUACUCGAGACCAUGUUAUGCCACAGACAGUCCUGUCUUACAAGUCUCCGGCUGCAGUACAACAAUCUAUGUCAGCACAGCAGAUCCUGCUGAUGAGGGUGCCUUUGGGCUGGAGUCAUUUGAAGUGACCCCCGAUGUUCCCACUAUCCUUCGUGUCUCUGACAAUCUGCUUAGGGAUGGCCCCCUCUACAUUUGGGCAGAUGCUGAUGGACGUGUCUCCAUUCCUCAACGAAUAAACGUGUGCAGACGUGCCGUGCUUGCUAUUCCUACGAUCUCACUUUGGACAGAGAAAGACUGGAUAAGGGGCACCCUCGAUAGUAUAGUCAAUGUUGAUCUCCUGGAAGAUAGAAGCCGUCUCCUCGCGGCUGGGAUUGUCUCUCCUACACAGGCUCGCCUCCUAUACCGCCCCGUGCCCCUUUUAGCAUCCCUUUCUGCAAACACACAGCUCAGUGAUUCUGUUACUGUCCGAGUACUAUAUGCUAUCGUAGAGGGUGCAGCACCAAACAUAUUUGAUGUAUGCGAGUUACCCGGUACUGUGGAAACUGUACCCAGCACAAUCGAGCAAUCUAUGGAGGUCUCACAGUUUCUUUGUGCACGCUUUAGAAGCGGUGUAUGGCGUGUAUACAAUGCCAGUAGCGUGCCCUCUGUUCUACCUCCUUCAACCCUCUAUAUGGCAGCAACUGAACAAGACAAGCUGCUGCCCUCUUUAGUAAGCUACACAAUCUAUUCUUUGAACAAGUCACUUGAAGACUGUGUAGAGCAGACGCUGCAAAACGCAGCCGCUGUGCCAGACAUGCCCAAUGCGGUUAUCCUCAUCCUGGAGCUUAUUGGCCUGUGUUUACUCGGCAUCACAGUAAUCUGGAUACUAGAGCGUGCAUGUUCCACCCAUGGAGCACUUCGUCCCAAAAAGGUAUAUCUCUCAAGGUGUUGGGAUAGCUUUCCACUUCUAGAUAUAAGCAAACCUCUAAAUCUCUGGCUCCUGCGGUACAACCCCCAGCUCGACCUGUCCCCACUUACCCAAUCUGCAACCUGGCGACCAUAUGUGCGCAUCACCCCUAAAUUCUGGUCCUGCUCGGAAAAGACAAUGAUAGAGCUAGUCCAAACAAUUCUCUUGCCUCGCAACAAUGAGGCCCGUCAGAGAAUCCUCCUCCUCGAGUACCUCUCUCGUGGAGGAAAUCAGCCUCGGAUGAAAUCUAUUUAUCACAAUCCAAGGUUACUUUCUGGAUUGACACCAAAUGAUAUAUUAAAGGGACCAGUUAUAAUUCAUGCUGCUCCAUCCAAAUGUAACGAGGAGGAUGAGGAGUGUAAUAAUCCUAUCCGAUGGAUGCUGCUUACCGCAACAAAAGUAACUUGUUUUUGCGAUAAACAUGCUCCGACGGCUCCUCAAAAGAUUGCUAUACCAAAAAAAGUCAGAAAGAGAUGCAUGUUUUGCUUGCUGGCCUAUGGUAAUAGGAUUUGCUUAACUUGCGCAGGAGGCUCACUACUUUGCCACCUGUGCGAAGAGCUUAUUCACAAUAAUUGCAGCCCUGAGCAUAGGGUAAUUAAGGUGUCAAAGGAAAGGACAAAAGAGGCACCCAGCUUGCUAUCUGAAUGCUUGGGGUCUCCCUCACUAACUUAG